UCAUGGAGCAUAUAAGAUUUAGUCCAUAUGCGUGGUUAUAGAUUCGGCCUAAAGGAGUAAUUUCCAAAUAAGGUUUCCGUACAUAUGACAAUUCUUUGAACUUCCCGUCAACUCAUCGAAUGUGGGCAAGGGCAACUGAACAAACUCUCUUUGGUGCUUCCUGGGAACUUAAAAUAUUUAUAAAAGUACAUACGAUGACCUACUUACCAGAUACGAAUACAGAUCCACGUAUCCUCCAUGCCCAAGCCGUAAAAUCUCCUUACACAGACCUUUCAUUCUUCAAUUGUUUAAUCACUCUCUACUCCAAGGCUACUAAUUCCCUUCUCUUCUCCUACUCCAAUCGCCUCUUCUCUCAACUCUCAUCUCCCAACAUCGUCUCAUGGACCUCUCUCAUUUCAGCAAACACCAAUUCUUUCCUCUCUCUCGACCACUUCCUUUCCAUGCUCCGUCAACCCGUUUUUCCCAGCCAACGCACCAUCGCUUCCCUCUUCAAAGCUUGCACCAACCUCUCUGCUCUUUCUUUUGGCCUCGCUCUCCAUUCUUUGGCUUUAAAACUGUCUCUCAAUACCCAACCAUUCUCUGGCUCUGCAUUGGUUAAUUUUUACGCGAAAUGUCAUUUGCCUGAGCAUGCACGCAAGGUGUUCGAUGAAUUGGAUGAAAGGGAUGAGUUUUGUUACAGUGCCUUGAUAGUAGGCUUAGCGCAGAAUGGAAGAACUAUGGAUGCGUUGUCUGCGUUUGCAGAAAUGAAGGUUUGUAAUGUAGGGUCGACAAUAUAUAGUGUUUCUGGUGCAUUACGUGCUGCAGCAGAGAUGGCGGCGUUGGAGCAGUGUAGAAUGAUUCAUGGGCAUGCUGUGGUUGCGGGAUUAGACAGGAAUUUGAUUGUUGGGACUGCUUUGAUUCAUGGGUAUGGCAAAUCGGGGCUUGUAGUAGACGCAAGAAUGGUGUUUGAUGAGUUAUUGCCUGAAUUGAAUAUGGUCGGGUGGAAUUCUAUGAUGGCUGCUUAUGCUCAACGAGGGGAUAAGAACUUGGUGCUCCAGUUGUAUCAUGCAAUGGAGGCUCAAGGGCUUGUACCUGAUGAAUAUAGUUUUUUGGCUAUUCUAACAGCUUUUUGUAAUAAUGGUUUGUUUCUUGAGAUUGAACAAUGGCUUCAAAGGAUGAAACUGGAAUACAAGUUAGAACCUAGUUUGGAGCAUUAUACAUGCUUGGUGCGUGCAAUGGCUCAAGCAGGAAGAUUGGAGGAAGCAGAGCAGAUUGCAAUUACAAUGCCUUUCGAGCCAGAUGCAGCAGUCUGGCGAGCAUUGUUAUCAUCUUGUGCUGUUCAUGGGGAGGCUGACAAGGUUUGGGUGAUGGCUAGGAGGUUAUUGGACGUAGACCCUCAUGACAGCUCCGCAUUUGCAAUUGCAGCAAACACCUUAUCGGCUAAAGGUAAAUGGGAUGAGGUUGCAGAAAUGAGGAAGCUAAUGAAAGACAGGAGAGUGAAGAGGCUAGUAGGGAAGAGUUGGAUGGAAGUGAAAGGAAAAAUUCAUGUGUUUUGUCCAGAAGAUUGGAGGCAUGAGAGAAUGGAGGAAAUUUAUUCAACAUUGGCAGCAGAGAUUGAGAAAUUAGGAUAUGUGCCAGUUUGGGAUGAGAUGUUGAAUGAUGUAUGACAAAAAAGGAGAACUAGGGAAAUAGGGAAGAACUUUGGCAUCACGGUGAGACGUUAGCUCUUGCAUUCAGUGUGAUUGACAGAGUGGCCCUAUUUGAGAGGCAUUGAGGAUUGUGAAGAACUUGAGAAUUUGUAAGAAUUGGCAUGAAUUGUUUUUAAGUAUUUUAGCAAUGUGGAGAGGGAGAUUAUUGUUAGAGAUGUUAACAGAUAGAUUUUUCAAAGGCUGCUGCUUUUAGGGAAAUUCAGUAACUCGUUGAAAGAGUCCUUCCUAAUGUUUUGUUCAAGACAAAAUAUGCUCUUCUGAGCCUUUAGGGCAGUGAUAAGCUACAAGCUCAUAGCUUUAGGGGAUGCCUUGAGACCAAUCCUACUAGAUUAUUUGUAGACAAAGAGGUUGACAUAGUUAUAAAUGAUUCCUAUCUUUCUGGUCA